AUGAAGUGUCCGAAGGUCAUAUCGGCCUUGGAAACGUUAGAAUCACUUGCCAAUAACAAUGAACGAGAAAAUGAAGAAAUUCUGUCGUUACAAAAGACCGUGGAGCGAUUAGAACAUGAGAAACAGGCACGGCAGUUGCAAACGGCGAAAUUCGAGGAGGAGCUGGACCAAGUCGAAGAGACGUACAAAAAGGACAUCAACGAGCUACGAUCGAUGGUAAAGGCGUUAAUGUCUGAAAACAAGACGUUAAGCACAACUGUCUCUUCAUUACCUGCCAACACGGAGAGCCCCACAUCCGCAGCCAUGCGAGAAGAAGAUGUCCGAUUGAUGUUCGAACUGAAAGAGGCGUCACAUAAGCAAAAAGAGGAAAUCAAAGCAUUACAGCGUGAUGUGGAACAAUACGCCUUUGAAGUGGAAAACCUCCAAAAUUCCAUAGAGAAACUCAUCCGGCAAAACGAAGAGUUACUGCGGAAGAAUGCGUCGUUACAAAAACAGGGUCGAAUGAUCGUUGAAGAAAAAAUGGAAAUAAUUCGAAGGUUGGAGAAGACAGAAGAGGCAAACAUUCAGUUACGACGAAUGCUUAGUGAUACAGAUCGGGUCUGUAAAGAUUUACAACAAGCUAAUCAGGUAGACGAUGAGCCACGAUUUACAUUGGCUGAACUUCGCGAGGUCCUACAAGAAAAGAACGUACUCAAAGGUCGAGUAAUGGAACUCGAAGAGGAGUUGGAAAAUCUCCGGCCAGGACGGAAAGAACGAGAACGCGACGACCUCCUAAGGUGGUCCAAAAUCAAGUUCUCCAUACUGACCCGUGCAUUCAAAAUCAUCUAG